AUGAAUAAGAGAGGUCCUACGGGACUACCUACCAAACCAUAUAUGCCUGGGUCAGGUCCAGGUCCUGCUCCUCCUCUUCCCAAUGGUCCUCCUCCUGCUCACGCUCAACAGUUCCAACAACAGGGCGGCCAAGUGGUAGAUCAAGCUGCUCAUGCAGCUGCAUGGGCGGCAUACUAUCAGGCUCAAGGUGUAAAUCCUGCGGCUACCUAUUCAGCAGGACCUCAACCUGCUCCCAUGGCCAAUGCUCCUGUUGCAACGGCAUCCAACCCAUAUGCCAACUAUGGGUAUGGUGCGGGUGCUACUCAUUCCAACACUUAUCAAACUGCAGCGCAACAAGCAGUAGCGGGACCUAGUCAACCUUCCUAUCGACCACCACCAAAUAUCCAACCUUACGCAGCCGCUACCGCUCAACCUCCAUUAGGAUACGGGCAACCACAACAACCUGCACAAUACGGCCAACAACAACAAUUGUACAGCCCAAAUCCUCCAGUAGGAGUAGCGGGGUUUCAAACUCCACACCCUCAAGCUCCUGUUCAAGGUCAAGGCAGACCACCGUAUCAACAACAAGCAGGAUAUGGGUGGGGUGCUCAACAAUCUUCUGCCGGACCUGGACAAGGAUAUAGACCACCUCCGACUGGACCAAUCGCCCAGCAACCACCUCAAGUAGGCGUAUAUAAUCAACAAGCAACUCCAUAUUAUCCGCAACAGCAACAGCAACAGCAACAGCAACCACAGCAACAGCAACCUUUUGUAGGUGGUAAUCAGCCUUAUCGACCUCCCGCAACGCCUCAACCUCAUUCCCCUUAUCGACCACCCGGGAUCAACCAACAUCGACCACCACGACCACCCAUGUCAACGCCUCCAGGUGGAUUCCCUCCAGCUAAAAGACCAAGAUUUGAUGGACCGGGUGGAAUUGGUGGAGCAGGUGGCGUAGGUGGUAAUGUUAGACCACCUAGUGGUCCUAUGCAGAAUUCAAUAAAUAGACCUCCUUCAGCUCCCGCAGCUUUCAACGCUGGUGUAAACGGUGGUCAACCUGGGUUCAAUGCUUCUCGUGGUGGUUUAAACGGUGGUGUAGGCAGAGGUGGUGCUCCGAUCCCAGCUUCUAGACCUCCGAUUCAUCUAGGCGGAGGUGGCCCUCCUCCCUUUGGAAUCGGUUUACCUAGAGGUGGAGCUGCUCUAAGAGGUGGUCUAGCUGCCAGAGGCGCAAGAGGUGGUGGAGGUAUAGGUAUAGCGGGAGCACCUAGAGGUCCAAGCGGAAUGAUGAGAAGGGAUAACAGAAGUUCGUUACCACCCAAGAAGGAAUUGCCUAGGAAAGAAAAGAGGAAAGAAGAGUUGAAGACUACAAUGACAGACUUUAGAAUCAUAGGUAUCGAGUUCAAAGGAUUGGAUUGGAGUUGGGGCAAGAUAGGAGCAGAUGAUGAAGAGGUGAAAGAUGAAACCGAAGCAGACGAGGAGAAAGUCUUGGAGGAAGUUAAAGAAGAUGAUCAAACCGUGACCAAAGAAGAAGUUGUCGUCGAAGACAAAAUCAAGGAUGAGUCUGUCGACACAGCUACUCUAUCGGCAGAAGAGAUCGUCGUGUCGGAGAAUCCCCUGGAAGUGAAAGCUGAACUAGACCCAGUCCUUGAGACCAAUGGUGAUGCCGUCGUUCUGGUGACAGGCUUAGAAGGGGUAGAAGAGAAGAGGGGUGAAAAGAGAAAAGCUAAAUCUCCUGAUUCUGAAGAAGAGACAUCAUCCAAGAAACGAAAUUCUUCAUAUCUUCUUACCCACAACAAACGUAAUCAACCGUCUACUGAGAGCUCUACUACGUACGAAUCGAAUCAAAAUCGAUUCAGGAUAUAUUUCGAUUCUCCUCCUGAACUGGACCGGAUACCCAAAGCUGCCAGGAGGAAGAGAGGAAGGGAAUCAAGUAGCGUUGCUCCUAGUAGAGCUGGUGAUGCUGAAGUGGAAGUGGAAGUGGAAGCGGAAGCAGAAGCAGAAGCAGAAGCGGAAGCGGAAGUGGUGGAAGUUGAAGGAGAACAAGCCAAGACUGAAUCUGGAGUUAUUAAUGAGACGGACAUUCCAGCUGAGCUCGCCGAGGUCCCUGACAUCACCGUUGAGAAUGGUCUCUCUUCUCAGGAAGGUCAAUCCGCCCCGAACGAGGUCGAACCCUCCAUAAAUGGAGAGAUACCUACCCAAGAACCAGUUCUUGAGGUCCUAGCAGCUGAGACAACCGACAACAAUCUUCCAGAUGAGCUUGUGGUCGUCGAACCUGCUACAGAGGUCACCAUCGAGACUACUGAGAUUGAAAUUCCUGAAACCACCACUUCUGAGCUUGUAGAAGAGGUUGGAGACGUUUCUAUGUUUACUGAUGCAGGUGCAAUUGCUGCUGCGGAGUCCGAACCUGCCGAGAUCUCGGCAGUAGAGAUGGUUACUGCUGUCGACUCGGUCAACGUCGAAGAAAGUGAACAGUUGCCUGAAAACGUGAUCACCACGAUCGAAACCGUAGAGACCGAAGCUGGCCAACCCGAAGUACUCGGCAUCAACGUUGACGGCGAAACACCCGAUACACUUACCAGUACCAAGGAGGGAAUUGCCGAGGUGGUCGUUCCUUUGGGCGACUCUACAGAACCGAAAGCUACAACAGAAAACACCCGAAAUAGAAGACACAAUUCAGUCAGUUCAGUAGACUCCAAAGAUUAUCAAUCGACGCUAGCUGGUGACCUCCCUACUGCGUCAAGUGUAACGACAAAAAUCGCGCCAUCUACCAACCGAUUAUCGAUAUUGUACGAGAAGAGCUCGAGAAGAAUAUGUCUCGAUGCAGACGUAGUUGAGAAAGUCAGGAUAUGGAGGCAGGAAGGUAGAAUCGAAGUCGAAUUGAAGGUGCUAAAAGGUGAAAAAGGAGAAGGGGAAGGAUUGGAGAUACCGAGAGGAAUUUUGGUUGAAAGCUACGAUCCAACUGAUCAGAGAUUCAUAACCCUUACACAAUCAACUCUAUCUUCCUUCUUCCCUGAAAAUGACUCCCCUACCGCAGAGGGACGAUCAAUUCCCCCUUUGCACGCCUUUUACAACUCGUCGUCAAAUGCUGAAACACCCAGCUUAACGUUGACUGUUCACCUGAACAAGAAGAAUCCAUUAUCAGAACCCAAAUGGUGUAGAAACAAUUCCGCUGAUAAUUGGUUAUACGAACAAUUCGGUAAGAAGUUCGAUAGUCAAAACGGUUGGAAAGGCAAACUGGAAGUAAUGGAUCCUGAUCCGGCCCCAACGUUGAAAUCGAUAUUGGAGUCGUGGUCCAGUUCAUCUCCAUUGGGUACAUCAAUAUCCAGACAAAACUUCAUCAGGUCAUUAUUAUCAUCACCAUUUGAUACAUUGGAAAUCUUGUUGAGAUUAACCAGAGGCGAUCGAAACCCUAUAUAUUCGAGUAAUCCAUCUUCUUUCUCUUCUUUAGCAUCUUCAGUAAAACCUGAUUCACCAUAUACGAAUCAUCAAACACACGUAUCAUUAGCUGUUUUAGCAAUGUAUAGGUUAACGACUAAUCUAGCUGAAAAGAUCGGUGAAGGUGAAAAAGAGAAAUUGGAUGAAAACAUAGGCGACAUCAUAAGAAGCCUACCUAGUAACUUGAUUGGAAGAAGUUUGGAUGGUUUAUGGAAAGAAUGGAACGCAGCCAACGGCGCUGCCGCUGCUAAAGAAGCUAAAGAAGGGAAGUGA